AUCAAUUCGUGCAUGUCGUUGCUCUUACUCAGUCUGUUUGCGCUCUUCGGUGAUGGCUCUUCGGCGGAGGCUGCCCAGUGUGGCGUGCGGCAAAUUAAAACGCGACAACUGCUCACCAACGGCUAUGAAACGCAGGUCGGCGACUAUCCGUGGCACACGGCGAUCUUCCAGCUACGUCCGAAACCGAUCUACGUCUGUGGAGGCACGCUAUUAACUGCGAAAGUGAUCGUCACCUCGGCCCACUGCGUGACCAUGCCCGGUCAGAGUAAGGCACGGAAGCCGGAAGAUCUGCUGGCCAAGUUGGGCAAAUAUACGCUGGAGGAAGACACCGUGGGCGUCCAGGAGCACGCUCUCGCGCAGGUGUUUCCCCACGAAACGUUCAGCUUGAACGACAUCCAAGACGAUAUCGCCCUGCUGGUGACAAAGGACACGGUGCGUUUCGACGAUUACGUGCAGCCCGCUUGUUUACCGGGGGGAGGCCCGCAGCUCGCUGUCUCCGUCAUCGGAACGGUGGUAGGCUGGGGCUACACGGAGGGCAAACGUGUGGCCAAUGUACUGCGAGCCGCCACGGCCCCGAUCGUGAGUCACCGGCAGUGUCUGGAGAGCAAUUCCGCCGCCUUUGGCGGUACCCUGAACGACAACAUGUUCUGCGCUGGCUGGCGCAACGGGACCAGCCCUUGCAACGGGGACAGCGGCGGGGGACUCUUCGUGCGUGGUGCUUCCGGCAGCUGGACGCUGCUGGGAAUCGUUGCCUUUUCCGCCUCGGCCGCGCUAGACGAGAACUUCUGCAGCACCUCCGACUACACCGUGUUCGUCGAUGUGGCCAAGUACAUGAUGUGGAUUCGUCGGAAGCUGAUGCGCCGUGAUCCCGGCACACGGGUAGUAUGCGGUUCUCAGAGUGAACUUCCCAAGCGGUACAUCGUACAGAACAGUCGCAACGUGACGUUUCUGGAGGCCUGGAGACUCUGUCAAGGCGUUGGCCAUCGAUUAGCAACGAUCACCAGCAAGGACGACAGCCGUUUGAUUGGGGAGGCCAUUAAAGCGUCGAGUAAUCCCAACGGACCCUGGUGGAUCGGAGGCACUGAUCUAGGCAGUGAAGGAACGUUUGUGUGGAUUUCCACCAACCAGCCGGUGGGCUACGGAACCGGAUACUUAGAUUACUCGGCAGCGCAGCCGGAUAAUGCUGGAGGAAACGAAAAUUGCCUUGAAAUCGGACGCUGGGGUGGUGUUGUCUGGAACGAUAUACCGUGCGAUUGGAAGCUGAGGUACAUUUGUGAGCACGUAGGAUAAGACACAAUAAAGCAAUACAAUAGAUGCCAUGUUGUUUGACUAAGAAGCUAGAAGCUAGAAGCUAGAAGCUUCUUGUAGCUAGAAACGAAUCACAACGAUGCAUGGACAGAUCCACAACAUCAAUUUGGAAGACCGUUCUAGUUGUUCCAAUAUCUACAGAUUGAGAUCAACUGAGUAAUUUCAAAUUUAAAAUAAUAUCAUCAAUUUUCUGUAAUUCGUUAACACGAAGCGUUAUAUAAUUUCAACU